UGUGAGCCCGAGCCCGAGCUCAGCAGGUCAGCAGUCCAGGCUGAAGACCGAGAGCUGUUGGAGAAGGAGCGGGUGGAUAAUGGAAUGAGGGACAGAGAGUGCGAGAGGGGUACUUGAGCAUAGGAGAGGGCGAUCAGAAGAGAUCAGAAGAGAAUUCAGGGGAGAUCCGGGAGACAAGACGGGAGAGUGUGGAUCUGGGUUCUUGGAGUGGGGCUCGGCGGUCCGCGGUCCCCAUGGCCGGAACUCGCUCCCCGCGGUUCUGCUGCCUCUGGGGUUCCCUGUUCUUGGGGUGGCUGCUUUCGGGGGCCGGUGCCUUCAACUUAGACGUGAUGGGUGCGCUGCGCAAGGAGGGAGACCCUGGCAGCCUGUUUGGUUUCUCCGUGGCCCUGCAUCAGCAGCUUCGGCCCCGUCCCCAGAGCUGGCUUCUGGUAGGUGCCCCCCAAGCAGUAGCCCUCCCAGGCCAAGCGGCUAACCGCACUGGAGGCCUUUACGCCUGUCCUCUGACCCGUGAUGAGAAUGAUUGCUACCGAGUGGACAUUGACCAAGGAGCGGAAGUACAGAAGGAAAGCAAAGAGAACCAGUGGCUGGGUGUCAGCCUCAGGAGCCAGGGCCCUGGGGGCAAGGUUGUGACCUGUGCCCAUUUGUAUGAGGCAAGGCAGCGCGUUGCCCAGACUCUGGAGACCCGAGAUGUGAUUGGCCGAUGCUUUGUGCUGAGUGAGGAUCUGACAAUUCGGGAUGAGCUGGAUGGAGGGGAGUGGAAAUUCUGCGAGGGGCGUCCCCAGGGCCACGACCAGUUUGGGUUCUGUCAGCAGGGAACCUCAGCUGCUUUCUCCCCUGACAACCAUUACCUCCUCUUUGGGGCACCUGGCACCUACAAUUGGAAGGGCACUGCCCGGGUGGAACUCUGUGCCCAGGGCUCCAUGGACCUGGCCCACUUGGACGACGGGCCCUACGAGGCGGGGGGAGAAAAGGAGCAGGACCCCCGCCUUAUCCCUGUCCCUGCCAACAGCUACUUUGGGUUACUCUUUAUGACCAACAUUGAUAGCUCAGAUCCUGACCAGCUGGUGUAUAAAACCCUGGAACCCGCUGACCGGAUCACGGGAUCAGCUGGAGACUUGGCCCUCAAUAGCUACUUAGGCUUUUCUAUUGACUCGGGGAAGGGCCUGAUGAGGGCAGAUGAGCUGAGCUUUGUGGCAGGGGCCCCGAGGGCCAACCACACAGGUGCUGUGGUGAUUCUUCGAAGGGACAGCGCCAGCCGUUUGGUGCCCGAGGCCGUGCUGCCCGGGGAUCGCCUGACAUCUGGCUUUGGCUAUUCGCUAGCUGUGGCUGACCUCAACAAUGAUGGCUGGGCAGAUUUGGUGGUGGGUGCUCCUUAUUUCUUCGAGCGCCAGGAGGAGCUAGGGGGUGCUGUGUAUGUGUAUGUGAACCAGGCAGGACGCUGGGCAGGGGUUUCUCCUCUUCGGCUCUUUGGAUCUCCUGGCUCCAUGUUUGGGGUCAGUGUGGUCACUCUGGGGGACCUUAACCAGGACGGCUUUCCAGAUAUAGCUGUGGGUGCCCCCUUUGAUGGACAAGGGAAGGUCUUCAUCUAUCAUGGGAGCAGCCUGGGGGUUGUCCCCAAACCUGCUCAGGUUCUGGAGGGUGAGGCUGUGGGCAUAGAGAGCUUUGGUUAUUCACUGUCUGGGGGCCUGGAUGUGGAUGGGAAUGCUUAUCCUGACCUGUUGGUGGGGUCACUGGCUGACACUGUGGCACUCUUCAGGUCCCAUCCAGUCCUCCAUGUCUCCCAUGACAUCUCUAUCUCACCUCGAGCCAUCGACCUAGAGCUGCCUAACUGUGCUGAUGGCCACAUGGUCUGUGUGGACCUCAGAGUCUGCUUCAGCUAUGUUGCCAAUCCCAGCAGCUACAAUCCUAGUGUUGGCCUGAAUUACGUGUUGGAUGGAGACACAGAUCGGCGGCUCCGGGGUCAGGUUCCCCGGGUGUCUUUCCUGAAUCGAAGCCCUGCUGACUCCAAGCACCAGAGCUCAGGCACUGUGUGGCUUAGGCACCAGAAUGACCGAGCCUGUGGGGAUGCCACAUUCCAGCUGCAGGAGAACGUCAAGGACAAACUUCGGGCUGUCGUAGUGACCCUGUCCUACAGCCUUCGGCCUUCCCGAGUUCAGCGUCAGGUCUCUGGACAAGAGUUGCUUCCACUGGCGCCCAUCCUUAAUGCCCACCAGCCCAGUACUCACAGGGCAGAGAUUCACUUCCUCAAGCAAGGUUGUGGAGAAGAUAAGAUCUGCCAGAGCAACUUGCAGCUUGCCCGGGCCCGAUUCUGCACCCGGGUUGGGGACACAGAGUUCCAGCCACUGCCAAUGGAUGAAGAUGGAGUCACAGCUGAGUUUGCCCUGAGUGGUCAGCCAGUCAUUGGUCUGGAGCUGACUGUCACCAAUCUGCCCUCAGACCCAGCCCAGCCCGAGGCUGAUGGUGAUGAUGCUCACGAAGCUCAGCUCCUAAUUUCCCUCCCCACCUCUCUGCACUAUGUGGGGGUGCGGGCUCUGGAGCCUGCGGAAAAACCCCUUUGUCUGUCCAAUGAGAAUGCUUCUCGAGUGGAUUGUGAGCUGGGGAACCCCAUGAAGAGGGGAGCCCAGGUUACCUUCUACCUUAUCCUUGGAACCUCAGGCAUCACGAUUGAGACCACUAAGCUGGAGGUGGAGCUAUUGCUGGCCACAAUCAGCGAGCAGGAGCUGCAUCCAGUCACUGUCCUUGCCCGAGUUGUUAUUGAGUUACCACUGUCCAUAGUAGGGAAGGUAAUUCCUGAGAAGCUCUUCUUCUCUGGUGUGGUGAGGGGCGAGAGUGCCAUGCAGUCGGAGAGGGAUGUAGGCAGCAAGGUCAAAUAUGAGAUCACGGUCUCUAACCAGGGCCAGUCACUGAACACUCUGGGCUCAGCUUUCCUAAAUAUUAUGUGGCCACACGAGAUUGCCAAUGGGAAGUGGCUCCUAUAUCCAAUGCGAGUGGAAUUGGAGGGCGGUCGAGGACCUGGGCAGCAGGGGAACUGUAUCCCCAAAGCCAAUAUCCUUGGACUGGACUUGGAGGGUGGAGAUCGGAAGCGACGGGAGCUGGGACAGCCAGAGCCCAAGUCCAGCAACUCAGGCCUCUUGUGGUCUGUGGCCUCUGCAGAGAAGAAGAAAAAGAUCACCCUGGACUGCAAGGACGGCACUGCCAACUGCAUUGUCUACAGCUGCCCACUCUACAGCUUUGACAGGGAGGCCGUGCUCCAUGUCUGGGGCCGCCUAUGGAACAGCACUUUCCUGGAGGAAUACACCGACGUGAAGUCCUUGGAUCUGAUUGUCCGAGCCAAUAUCACUGUCAAGUCAUCUAUACAGAAUCUGAAGUUUAGAGAUUUCUCUACAGAGAUCCCUGUGGCUGUGUACCUAGACCCCAUGGCUGUGGUGGCUGGUGGGGUCCCUUGGUGGGUCAUCUUACUGGCUGUACUGGCUGGGAUCCUGGUGCUGGCUUUGCUUGUUCUUCUCAUGUGGAAGGUGGGAUUCUUCAAGCGGGCGCGGUACCCCGAGGCCACAGUGCCCCAAUACCAUGCGGUAAAGAUACCCCGUGAGGACCGACAGCUAUUCAAGGAGGAGAAGACAGGCACCAUCUUGAGGAACAACUGGGGUACCCCCCGGAGAGAGAGUAGUGAUGGACAUCCCAUUCUGGGUCCCGAUGGACACUCAGAAUCGAGAACCAGUGGACAUCCGGAGCUGGGAAGUGCCUAGCUUAGCUCUUCACUUCUCCCUGGCAUGGCUCUGAUACUUCUCUUCUCUCUGGUCCCGAAGCCAGUUUGCCUCCCCACAUCUUCCUAGAGAUGCCUUCUUAAUGUGGGGAGCGUGGGUGCAGAGAGAGUCGUUGUCCACAGAGUCGGCUUUCCAAACGGGUCCAGGAUCACUGACUCUCCCCCUUCCUUGCUCCCCUCCCUCCCUUCAUAAUCCUAUCCUCCUUGGUUCUGGGAGCUUAUGGUGGCAGUAUCCAGGAGAGAGGAAGCAGGACCGCUAUGUCAAGGAUGUCUUGACUUAGAAGCGGAGAGAGAAAGAAUCAUGGUUCUCUUUAUUUCUGAUAAUUCUUGAAAAAAACAAAUCCCUAGUGCCUCCCUGGAAGUGCCUUAGCCCUGGCAGGAAGGAGGGGGAGAGGCUGCCCCUGGGACUCCCCCUAAACUCCACUUUUCUGGGCUGUCUCAGUGGCUUUUAUCUAUUUAUUAAAAAGUAUUUAAGUACUACACAAAGGGCCCCUUUACUUCCCCCAUGCCCCCUGAUAUUGUUGGCUUAGUUCUCUGUUCCUAUAUUUUCCAUACCACCCUGGGUGUGGGGUGGGAUUGACAGAUCAAUCCAGUGAUUUCUGGACACAGGCUUUAUUAGGGAGAUAGGGGAAGAGAUGGUGUACAUGAGUAAAGUUGGGGUGGGGAGAGGAGAGGAAACCUCUCCCCAGGAGGUGAGGGUAAGAAUGAAGACUGAAAUGGUAGCUUGAGGAGGUAGGGAGAGAGAGGAGAGGAAGACCAAAGUGGGUAAAGAGAGAGGAGAGAGAUAUGUAUAGAUAAGUCUAUACUUCAGUGUAGGGAUCAGUUCCUGAAGAACUGAUUGGGUGAAUAGGAGUAGAGGUCUCGCUGGUAGAGUCACGGGAAGGAUAAUUGGGAGGCGUUGAAAAGGAAGAGGGGGCCUGGUGAGAUAACAGUAGAGAGGGCAAGAGAAGUGAGGAGGCCCAGCUAAGGAAGGAGAAGCAGGAAGUCAGAGUAGAGGUUAGAGAGGUCAAGGGCAUCUCAGAGAACAGGCUGUGGUGGGCAAAGAGAGGGACAGAAUAAUCCAGCUGGUCUUGUGGUGCCAUAAGCUCAUUUCACAGCCAGUCCCAUGAUGUGGGGGCCAACUGGUAGCCACUUGAAGGGAGGGGGUUGCCAUUCUAGUUGUAGUUCAGAAAACUUGGCUCUCUCCAGGUCUUUCCAGGUCUCCCUGGUAAGAUAGCAGCCAUCGCCAAUGUGCUUCCAAGUGGGCUCGGCCACCUGCUGCCACAUCAGGGCCCAACUUCCAGGGGGCUCAGCCACAUGCUCCCAAAAAAAGAAGAUGCCUCCCUUUGUCAGGGAGGGGAAGAGUUACAAAGUCACUCAAGGGUGGGUGGACUUUUUUUAACUUCCCCCACCCUCCUCAACCCCAGGUGUUUUUCUAAACUGAGGGUUAUAACCUUUGGGAAAGGUAGAGUCAGAGACUUUGUCCCCCUUCAAUCCUUUCUAGUCCUUCUCCUCCUCUCCCCACCUCCCUCCUCCCAGCUAAAGUCCAUGCUCUUUGUUAUUUGCAAAUAUUUGAAUGGUGGGCCCAUCCGAGGACUAGAGGGAAGGCCCCUGUCUCUGCCCAGUCAGAAGCCUUAGUUUGUAAUCUUGGUUCUGCCAUGAAUCCACUUGAGUAAAUUUCUUAACCACUU